UAUCUAUAGUAGAGAAAUAUAUGAGAGUGUCAAGUGUGCAUGUGAAUUGUGAAACCAUGCACCAUUCGAUGGUUUUGUUAAAAUCCUCUUGCUUUCUACAUAGGUCACCCAACAAUGUGAAGUCUAAGCCUUUUCUGGGUAGAGGAGCCUACUGCAGCCUAAGAAAACAGGAGAGAAGAAGCCUCAGAAAAGCUUGGCCUUCAAUCACAGUGACCCUCUUUGGUUCAGGUUUCUUCUUGGGUCCCUUGCUCGAUGGGCUUCACUCAAGGGUAGAUCUUGUGGUGUAUGACAAUGGAGCCAUUAUCAUUGGCCCACUCCAUACAAAUAUCUGGGUUCCUUUUCUCCUUGGUUCAUUCUAUUGCACUAUUGGGUUGCUUCAACUCUACUUGGAUGAAAGGGGCUCUUCAAAGAUUUCAAAAGAUGGUAUCCAAAAGAAAGCAGCUGUUUCUUUGAUAGCACUUGUGGUAUUUAUAGAACUAAGCGCUGAAAUGUACAAAGCUGGAGUUGCAUACAACACUGAGGCCUACAUAUUGUUCGGAUUAGCUGAGUUGCUAUGGCUAUCACUGGACAGAACACUGUUGGGGUUCACCCUGGCAUGCAUUGUUGGAAUCGGUUGCCCACUAGCUGAGACUCCGUUAAUGAAGCUCUUCCACCUCUGGUAUUAUCCACAGCCAAACAUUAACAUCUUUGGCCAGGGACUCGUCAGCUGGACAAUCACUUGCUAUUUUGCUUACACCAUAUUUUUGAUCAAUUUCUCUCGAUGGCUGAAAUCAGUGUUAACUGCUGCUGAUCAAGUUAAUGAGGGAGACUCUUAACAUUGUUCAAAGUCUUAAGCCAAAUUCCAUGUAUUUUGAAACAAAACAAAAUCUGAAGCUGGAAGAGAAUUCACCCAGGGUUGAGUCUGUUGAUCUCAUUUUUCAUGAAUGUAUGUAUACAUAAUGUGAAAAGAGCUAUUAUAUGUCUUGACAUAAUCA